AUGUUGCUCGGUGCUAAGUAUAAGAAGAGAAAAGGUGGUAGGGAAGACAUGGUGCGUCUCUCCUUGCUCCUCCGCCACAAGGUGCGUGACGUCGGGGGAAACGCGCACAGUUUUGCCUUUGACACCAUGACAAAGGUUUAUCGGGAUGCGGUGUACGCCAAGGAGACGCAAACCACCUGGAACCCCAUCUUCCCAGCUCAGCAGGCGAACACAGCGGAGGCUGCUGCUGCUGCAUCUGCAUCUGCCCCCUCGGCGUCAACUUCCACGUUGGCUCAGGGGGAUACAGCAAAAAAAGUAGAUGGGUCUGGUGCUGCAGCGGCUUUAUCUGGUGUGAAGCAUCGGCCCCAGCGACGAAGUGGGGUCCAGGUGGAGAUUUUGAACCUAUACCGUGACAUGUUAAGGGCAUCGCAGAGGAUGGAGGACCCACAGACGAGAAAAAAUAUGCGGGAUUUCAUUCGUGCUGAGUUUGACAGGAAUCGCGAUAUUCCUUGCAAGUUUAUCACUCGUAUUGAGUGGCAGCUGCAUCACGGGCAAAACAAACUAGAGGAACUACGUGCCAUGCGGCCCGAUACGAAGUUUUCCCUUAUGAGGUGA